AUGCUUGAUGAAGCCAUACCCGUGAGAACAGUUCGCGCACACUGUACGGACAAACCGUGGAUGACCCCCAAUAUCAAAGCGUUGAUAAAAGCAAGACAGAAAGCAUUUACGAAAGGGGAGACACCGAAGUAUAAAAGUUUACAUGCAAAAGUCACCAAGCUGAUAUCCAACGCUAAAGCUACGUACUACAAAUCCAAGGCUGAAGGCAGCCAUCAAUCCAAUCCCGCCAAAUGGUAUAAAACGAUUUACAAGCUAGCGGCAGCAACCGAAGAUCAACAAUCUCUGUCCUCGCCUGACCACGCUGACUUAAUGGCAAUCGCUGACAGACUACAAAGAAGUUUUAUUAAGCCUGGGCAAGAAAUUCAACCAGAUACUCCCAGACUUCAAGCG